UUUACAGUUGCUAUAUAGUUAAUGGUUUCCAACAACUUGCAUGUAAAUUUGACACUUUAGUUGGAACAAAAAUGUUGUCCAUGAUCUAAAAAAAGCAGAAAUUUAAUACUAAACGACAAACAUAUAAAAAAGAGAGAAAAAGAAAAUCACUUUGUAAGAAAGGAAAAAAGAAAGAAAAAAAAGAAAAACAUCAUCUUUCUUCCCAACUUGCACAUUCAAUAUUCCAUUCCUCUCCUCGACACAUAAUUCCAACUCAUACUGCCAUCAUCAUGCUUAGGAGUUUGAAACUCCAAUCUCAUUUAGAGAGAGAAAAUAGAAAAUGGUAUUACUUGUUAAUAUUUUUUUUUAAGACCCUUUUGAGAGGGAGCAGUGGACAUAGGUUUUGGAACUUUUUAGAGAGAGAGAGAGAGAGAGAGAGAGAGCUGACCAGUUGGGUUGAACUGAGCUUGAGUUUUUGAGUUUAUGUUUGCUGAUGGUGGUGCUGGUGUUUGCCACCCAAUUAAGUGAAUAAUAACCUUUCUAUGGGACCGUGAAAUCGUUUAUGUGCCUCAAAAACUACAAGUGGGUCAUUCUUUUUCUUUUAGUUUUUUUGAGGUCCUACUCUCCCACUUGUUGGUCUUUGCUGUCUCUCUGCUUCUGCAAAUCUCUUCUUCUCCUACUUACCUUUUUUCAAAACUAACCCAUUUUCUCUACUCUCUUUUCUAUGUGCUUACAUCUGUUUUCUUUUUUCUCUUUGUCCAAAGAAAGAUCUAAUCUUUUUCACUUUCUGGGUUUUGCUUCUUUAAAGAUCACUUUUUUGUUUAGCAACAAGAUCAUUCUACGGUGGUAUGUACAUUAAAACUUGUGCAGGACAUGCAUGCCUGUACCUGAGUUUUGAAUUUUAUUGACCUCCGAUUGUUUUUACUUCUGUGGAAGUUAUCUUUCAAGUUAAGCAUCGGGGUGUUCUUUAAAUUGGGAAAGCUGGACUGGGCUUGCUUGAAGUGAUUGUUGUUGCUUAUUGGAUUUGAUUGGUUGAAUUUUGAUGUAGGGUGAUAAGUCAAAAGGGUUUACUUUCUUUAUUUAUUUAUUUAGAUUGCUUGAGUUUCAUUUUCUUUAAGUGUUGUUUUACUCAUUGAGAUUUCAUGCUUGGGCCAAGAGAAUGGAGAGGUUUCUGGCCAGAUUUUUAUUUCUUUAGCAUUGAAUAUUCAAGAAACUCAGUGAGAUAAGAUGAAGAACCUUCUUAAAAAGCUUCACAUCAUGCCUAAUCAAUCGCAGGAUGCAGAAGGGUCUAGUUCAUCAAGGGGAAAUAAAUCUAGUAAUGCAUCUUCCCCAGAUAGACUUUUGCCCUCUAAGUCACAGGAGCAUAAUAAACCCUUUUCAGGGAUUUCAAAUUGGUUGAAUUCUGUUGCUAAUAGAAAAAGUCCUAGUCCGCCAUCAUCUUCAAAUGUGACUAUAGGAGAGAGAACUGAACCACCUGAGUCAAUUAGUAGUAGUGGUGGUUUGGAUGUUGUUUCGGAUGCAGUGAGGCGUGAUUCAGGCUCUACUACAUCAAGGGAUCCUGAUAUUGAGGAGGAAUAUCAGAUACAGCUGGCUUUGGAGUUGAGUGCAAGAGAGGAUCCUGAGGCUGUUCAAAUUGAGGCUGUUAAACAAAUAAGUCUGGGCUCUUGUGCUCCUGAGAAUACUCCAGCUGAAGUUGUUGCUUAUCGAUACUGGAAUUACAAUGCUCUUAGCUAUGAUGACAAGGUCUUGGAUGGUUUCUAUGAUGUGUAUGGAAUUCUGAUGGAGUCGACAUCAGAAAGAAUGCCGUCUCUAGUUGAUUUGCAAGGAACACCUGUCUCAGACAGUAUCAGCUGGGAGGCAGUGCUGGUUAAUAGGGCUGCUGAUGCUAACUUGUUGAAACUUGAACAGAAGGCGCUACAAAUGGCCGUCAAGUCAAGGUCGGAAUCUCUAAUUUCUGCAGACAGAGAGUUUGUGCAAAAGCUUGCUGUUUUAGUUUCUGAUUACAUGGGUGGUUCAGUUGGGGAUCCUGAAAACAUGUUGAGAGGAUGGCAAAGUCUUAGCUACAGUUUAAGAGCAACACUAGGUAGCAUGGUUCUGCCACUUGGUUCUCUUACAAUAGGAUUGGCUCGUCAUCGUGCAUUGAUGUUCAAGGUUUUGGCUGAUAGUGUGGGCAUACCAUGCCGGCUAGUAAAAGGUCAUCAGUACACAGGUUCUGAUGAUGUGGCCAUGAAUUUUGUGAAAAUUGACGAUGGAAGGGAAUACAUCGUUGAUCUAAUGGCAGAUCCUGGCACACUUAUUCCUUCUGAUGUAGCUGGUUCGCAUAUAGAAUAUGAUGAGUCUUUCUCUUCUGCCAGUCCUUUGUCGCGAGACAUUGACUCAUCUCAUGUAGCUUCUUGUAGUAGUGGAGUAGAGAGUUCAUUUGAAGAACAUUCAGAUGUUGGGACUUUGGAGAAGAGUUCCAGAAUAAGGAAUGUUGCUGCUGCAGGAAACCAACCUGAUAACAGGUGUGAAUUACUUGAAUGUACGAAUGUGCGCAGAACGAAUAAAAUUGAAGAAGAAUCAAAGAUGUCAGAUGGAUUUAAAAAAUCUUCCAAUGUAGAGAAGGUGCUGGCGAGAGAUGGUCCUGUAAGACCUAAUUAUCCUUUUUCACAUGCAAGAUCUCCUUCAUGGACUGAAGGUGUUAGCUCUCCUGCUGCACGUAGAAUGAAAGUGAAAGAUGUUUCACAAUACAUGAUUGAUGCUGCUAAAGAGAAUCCACAGUUAGCCCAGAAACUGCAUGAUGUAUUGCUAGAAAGUGGUGUUGUGGCUCCCCCUAGCUUGUUUACCGAAAUUUAUUCUGAGCAGUUGGAUGUUCAAACAAGUGGGGCCAAGUCUGUUAUAGAAGAGAAGGAUGAUCAGAAACAGAAGAGUGAACUCCAGCAUCCAAAAGAUCAAGGAGAUCUUAUUCCUGCUCGAUUUUUGCCUCCUCUUCCUCAUCACAGAGCACAUUCUAAAGCAAGUCCUGCUUUUAGUCAACCUCAGCAACUUAAACCUGUGGAAGGUUUAGGGGUCAGCCAUCCUUUUGAUAUAAGGGAGGUUGCUGGACCUGUGUCUUUGCAGUCUGAAGUAACUCCUGUGAGUUAUGCAAAAAAUGUUCCUGUUGCUGCAGCAGCUGCCGCUGCUGCAGCUGUUGUUGCAUCUUCUAUGGUUGUUGCUGCAACAAAGUCAAGCACUGACUCAAACCUUGAACUGCCUGUAGCAGCUGCUGCCACUGCCACUGCUGCAGCUGUAGUUGCAACUACUGCAGCUGUCAGUAAGCAGUAUGAGCAAUGUGCACGGAGUGAUGGAGAUGCAGACAGUGCUGGCAAUGAGCCUAGGGGUAGUGGGGACCGUGGUAGUGGAGGCCGGGAACGUGAUACUUUAGAAGAAACUUCAGAAGGAGAGAGAAUAUCUGAUAGAUCAGCAAGUAAUGAUAGCUCAAAAUCAGAUGUGGCACUAGAUGAUGUUGCUGAAUGUGAGAUUCCAUGGGAGGAAAUUACCUUGGGUGAACGCAUUGGACUUGGAUCGUAUGGAGAGGUAUAUCGUGGAGACUGGCAUGGAACUGAAGUUGCUGUGAAGAGGUUCCUGGACCAAGGUAUUUCUGUUGAAUCACUUGAAGAAUUCAGAAGUGAGGUUCGAAUCAUGAAAAGACUUAGACAUCCCAAUGUGGUUCUCUUCAUGGGAGCAGUAACCCGUGCCCCAAAUCUUUCCAUCAUUACAGAAUUUCUUCCUAGAGGUAGUUUGUAUAGAUUACUCCACAGGCCUAACAAUCAAUUAGAUGAGCGCAGGCGAUUGAGGAUGGCCUUUGAUGCUGCUAGGGGAAUGAAUUAUUUGCACAACUGUACCCCAAUGAUAGUACACCGUGAUUUGAAGUCCCCAAAUCUUCUAGUUGAUAAAAACUGGGUUGUGAAGGUUUGUGAUUUCGGGCUAUCACGAAUGAAGCACAGCACAUUUCUAUCUUCAAGAUCAACUGCAGGAACGGCUGAGUGGAUGGCCCCAGAAGUGCUAAGGAAUGAACCUUCAGAUGAAAAGUGUGAUGUCUAUAGUUAUGGAGUUAUUUUAUGGGAGCUCUGUACAAUGAGGCAACCUUGGGGUGGAAUGAAUCCAAUGCAAGUUGUUGGUGCAGUUGGAUUUCAACAACGACGUCUUGACAUUCCAGAUGAUUUGGAUCCUGCCAUUGCAGAUAUUAUUAGGAGGUGCUGGCAGACAGAUCCGAAACUGAGGCCAACAUUUGCAGAAAUCAUGGCUGCUUUGAAGCCAUUACAGAAGCCUAUAACCGGUGCUCAAGUGCCCAGAUCAAAUGCCCCUGCAAGAGUUGGUCGCGACAGAAAUCAGAUGUUCCAAGAAGCAGAAGAACAGGCAGGCUGACAGAGCAAGUUGGUGAUCAAAUGGAACCUUGACUCAUUGGAUUGCCAAAUUCAGAGGCAACUUAGAGGACUUUCGGAGACGAGAAAGCACAUCAGAUUGCCAAAAUACUGAGGAAAGUUAUGGACUGUUUGGGACAAGGAUUAUGAGUGAGAUUGAUCAAAGAUCAUGACCCAACAUAUACUCCAAUUUGACAUGAUUGUGAUUCUUUUUUGUUUUUUUCUUUCUAUUUUUCCCUUUCUUAUUUUGUAUUCUUGUGCAGUCAUCCUCAAUGUGUAUUUGUUUGUAAAAAAAAAAAAAAAAAAAAUCCAUUUGAAAUUGUUGUAAUUAAAGUUUUGUGCUUUUUUCUUUUUGUGCUCAGUUUGUUGCCAAGACAUUUCAAACUGAAGAAGCAAACGGAAAAAGCAAUUUGCUGCAAUUUUCAAGGUGGCAAGUUGUAAUAAUUGAUGCCUCAAGGAAUUUGAUGAAAGGGAUUAUGCCCCUUGUUCAUAACUGAGGGAAGACAUAA